GCUGCAUCCUAAUUAUGUGAGCUCAGCAUUCUGGACACAGUUCAGGUGCAUUAGUUUCACGAUGGCAAGUGGAGACGCCGUCGAGCGUCUGUCGCUCGGGCGUCUAAUCGCGCGAGCGGCGGAGAAAAGCGAGGACGCGCCGCCGACGUCGGGCCCGUCGACGCGCGGACACGGUCGGGAUCCGGUUAGAGACGCGGAGGAUAAUUUGCCACAGAUUCCGCUGCAUAGUGGAGGCACUACCACAGACCACGUGAGGGGAAUAUCCAUUGACGGUCCCCGACGGAGCGGCUCAUCUCCGCCGGCCCUCCUCUGCUGCUGACAUGGACUCCCGGACGCCGCAAACUCUCAGCUUCCCGAACCCGGACGCGGAGGGAGGACGAAAGUCUGAAUGUAACAUCUGAUCUGCUUUUGUGUCGUUUUCUGUUCUUUUUUUGUUUUGUUUUUUUCCGUUUCUUUUUCCUCCUCCACAAGUCCAACGCUUGGUGGGAUAUGGCUUGGCCGUGCAUCAGCAGAGUGUGUUGCCUGGCUCGCUUCUGGAACCAGUUCGACAAAUCGGACCUGUCGGUGCCGCUCACCAUCCAGAAUUACUCGGACAUCGCCGAGCACGAGGUGCGCUCCGUCACCAAGCAGGUCUCCGCCUCGGAGCGCGCGCUAGGGAGCAACUACUCACCCCCGGACCCGGGGACCGGCGGCUCCCCCCAGGCGCCCGCCGGCGGCCCGGGGACCCGGGGGUCCUUCCGAGCACGGAGGGAUCCCGGCUACAAGCCCCGGGACGACUACCACCCCCCGGGGGUGCCCUUCCCCAGUGUCACCCAGUACAAGCAGGACUUCAAACCCUGGCCCAUUCCGAGGAAGGAGAACUUCCCGUGGAUUAGUAACGGGGGCAGCAGGGCGGACGGUGUGACGGAAAGCCCGGUCAGCAGCCAGGCACAGCCCGGGGAGAGAGAGGAGCGGGCCAAGAGGCAGAGGCCGGGGGAGCAGCAGGUGAUGGAGGAGAGCCGGACCAGCUCGUACAGGCAAGAGUACAGGCCGUGGACGGGAGCGAGGCCUGCAAAAAGCGCAAGGAAAACCCCUCCAGCUCAGUACUGCAGCCCCGGGACAGAGGCCGCCCACGUCUCAUGCGAGACCAGCUACCGGGCCGCCUACAGCGGGGAGGUCCACAGGUCCGCGGCUCUGCACCAGACGGACCGCCUCAGCCCAUCCACUGCCCCCCAGUCCAGCAUCUCCCCCCUGCAGUCCGGCAGCUCACCGAGCCCCCAGCAGGUCCUCCCAGCCGGUGGAACGCCCAAAGGGGAAGAACAUCUGGUGAGGACCAAGCUCCCUCCGAACCCGUCUGCUGUCUUUCAGGGCGGAUCGAGGGUCUUCAACAUCUGACUGGACUCAAGGACUCAACAGGGGGAUUCUCAGUCCAUUCCACAACACAAGAAUCUAUGCAAGGGAAUGUAAUGUGAUGAAGCAUAAUGAUACACAGAUGGAUGAGACACCGCUCCAUGCCCCUGUUGAUAUGGAAAUUAAUCUGCAUGCAACAAUAUAGUUUGGAAAAACAGCCUUUUUUGUUUUGGCAAUUAUAGACGCACACGUAUCUGGCUGCUGUGUGUUUGUACGUGUGCACCUGCUGAACCGUCCUUUAAUUGUACAUAAUGUUGAGUCUGCUUCACUGAGGAAUGUUGAGGAGUACGCUUACAGUAGUACUGUUGCCCUUUGGUGUUGAUAGAAUCUUAAAUUAAGUUAUUUAUUUCCUCAUCAUUCUAUUAGUUUACUGUUUUGGGAGAUUAUUGUUUCAGGCUCUUAUUUUGUAAAUGUAUUAUUAGAAACAAAGCAUAUAUACACUGUAUGACAUAUGAUACAUGUUAGUAUUAUAAUAAACUGUAUUAGAUUCUUAGCACUUUC